CUCCGGUUCCCUCCCCUCCCGCAGCAGGAAAAGCAGCCGCGGGCGCCAGGCUCGCCGUGGCGCGCGCGCGGCGUGAAGGGCGGCGGACAGGAUGCGAGCGCGGCGGUCGGGACAGCUCUGGGCCGCUCUGCUGGCGCUGGGGGCGCUGGCGGGCGUUGUCGUCGGAGAGUCCAACAUCUGUACCACACGAGGCGUGAACUCCUGCCAGCAGUGUCUGGCUGUGAGUCCUGUGUGUGCCUGGUGCUCAGAUGAGGCUCUGCCUCAGGGCUCAUCCCGCUGUAACCUGAAGGAGAACCUGCUGAAGGACAGCUGUGCCCCAGAGUCUAUUGAGUUCCCCAUCAGCGAGGCCCACAUCCUGGAGGCUAGACCACUCAGCAGCAAGGGCUCUGGAGACAGCGCCCAGAUCACUCAAGUCAGCCCCCAGAGGAUUGCCCUUCGACUACGGCCAGACGACUCGAGGAUCUUCUCACUUCGAGUGCGGCAGGUGGAGGACUACCCUGUAGACAUCUACUACUUGAUGGACCUGUCUUUCUCCAUGAAGGAUGAUCUGUCCAGCAUCCAGACCCUGGGGACCAAGCUGGCCUCUCAGAUGCGCAGGCUUACCAGCAACCUUCGGAUCGGCUUUGGGGCCUUUGUGGACAAGCCUGUGUCGCCGUACAUGUACAUCUCCCCCCCACAGGCAAUCAAAAACCCCUGUUACAGUAUGAAGAACGCCUGCUUGCCCAUGUUUGGUUACAAACACGUGCUGACACUAACCGACCAGGUGACCCGCUUCAAUGAGGAAGUGAAGAAGCAGAGUGUGUCCCGUAACCGAGAUGCCCCAGAGGGCGGCUUUGACGCUAUCAUGCAGGCUACAGUCUGUGAUGAAAAAAUUGGCUGGAGGAAUGACGCAUCCCAUUUGCUGGUGUUUACUACUGAUGCCAAGACCCACAUCGCCCUGGAUGGAAGGCUGGCAGGCAUUGUCCUGCCCAAUGAUGGACGCUGUCACAUUGGCACUGACAACCACUACUCUGCCUCCACUACCAUGGAUUACCCAUCUCUGGGGCUGAUGACUGAGAAACUAUCCCAGAAAAACAUUAACUUGAUCUUUGCAGUGACUGAAAACGUCGUCAGCCUUUACCAGAAUUAUAGUGAGCUCAUCCCUGGGACCACAGUGGGAGUUCUGUCUGAUGACUCAAGCAAUGUCCUCCAGCUCAUUGUUGAUGCUUAUGGGAAAAUCCGCUCUAAAGUGGAGCUGGAAGUACGUGACCUCCCGGAAGAGCUGUCCCUGUCCUUUAAUGCCACCUGCCUCAACAACGAGGUCAUCCCAGGCCUCAAGUCUUGUGUGGGCCUCAAGAUUGGAGACACGGUGAGCUUUAGUAUCGAAGCUAAGGUGCGUGGCUGCCCCAAGGAGAAGGAGCAGUCGUUCACUAUUAAGCCUGUGGGCUUUAAGGACAGCCUCACGGUCCAAGUGACCUUCGACUGUGACUGUGCCUGCCAGGCCUCUGCCCAGCCUUUCAGCCCACGCUGUAACAAUGGGAACGGGACCUUUGAGUGUGGUGUGUGCCGGUGUGACCAGGGCUGGCUGGGGUCCAUGUGUGAGUGCUCCGAGGAGGACUAUCGACCCUCUCAGCAGGAAGAAUGCAGCCCCAAGGAGGGCCAGCCCAUCUGUAGCCAGCGGGGCGAGUGCCUCUGUGGCCAGUGUGUCUGUCACAGCAGUGACUUUGGCAAGAUCACUGGCAAGUACUGUGAGUGCGAUGACUUCUCCUGCGUCCGAUACAAAGGGGAGAUGUGUUCAGGCCAUGGGCAGUGCAACUGUGGGGACUGCGUGUGUGACUCGGACUGGACUGGCUACUACUGCAACUGUACUACACGCACCGACACCUGCAUGUCCACCAACGGGCUGCUGUGCAGCGGCCGGGGCAACUGUGAGUGUGGCAGCUGUGUAUGCGUCCAGCCAGGCUCCUAUGGAGACACCUGUGAGAAGUGUCCCACCUGCCCAGAUGCCUGCUCAUUUAAGAAGGAGUGUGUGGAGUGUAAGAAGUUCAACCGGGGAACGCUACACGAAGAAAACACCUGCAACCGUUACUGCCGGGACGACAUUGAGCCUGUGAAAGAGCUGACGGACACUGGCAAAAACGCUGUGAAUUGUACCUACAAGAAUGAGGAUGACUGUGUCGUCAGAUUCCAGUACUACGAAGACACCAGUGGGAGGGCCAUCCUCUAUGUGGUGGAAGAGCCUGAGUGUCCCAAGGGUCCUGAUAUCCUGGUGGUCCUGCUGUCAGUGAUGGGGGCCAUUCUUCUCAUUGGCCUUGCUACCCUGCUCAUCUGGAAGCUACUCAUCACCAUCCAUGACCGAAAGGAAUUUGCUAAAUUUGAGGAAGAACGAGCCAGAGCCAAGUGGGACACGGCAAACAACCCGUUGUAUAAAGAGGCCACUUCCACCUUCACCAAUAUCACCUACAGGGGGACUUAACGAGAAGAGGUCAUCCUUAGACCAUCGUCAGAUGAUGCCAGGACUGUGGGAGUCUUUGCCAUUAUGUUUACAGAGGACAGUGUGUGUGUGUGUGUGUGAUUUGGAGCGUGGGUUGGGCUGGGCUGGAAGAAUGUCAGUAUGUGGGAAUGUAUGUAUGUGUUGAGUGUGGGGAAAUGUGUAAUUUAAACCUUGUGAUGUGUCUCACAGGCAGAGCCCCACAGUCUUUGUCCUCAGGAUAUCUCCCCAAAGGAUUCUUCCUGCUUAGCUUGAGGGGAUUCAUGACACCUGGCAGAUGUUCAUAACUUCUGAGAAGCCAGUUUGUCUUGUCAGGCCAUUCUCCCAGAAGAAAAGGGCAGGGCUGAGGUCCUCCCAGCCUCCCAUUCCAGAGGCAGUGAUGCCAAGUCUUGGUUCUAUACCGACUUUGUAAGUUUCUGGUUCUUGUAGCUGACUGUCAACAGCUACAGUAGAAAGUGCUCAGCGUUGAAGCUCGGUUGUAUCAUCCGUGCCUCUGCCCACCUCUUCUCCCUCAGGCUGAUGGUGGAGUUAGGGGAGAAUUGAGUCCUCAAGAGUUGCCAACACCUCAGUUCUGCUAUGCCUCUCUCAUAAGGAAAGUCUUCCGUCACCUGGCUCUUUGGCCUGUUGAGCGUGAGGAUGGCAAGGCCACUCAGGGGUCAUGCAUGGCCUGGGGUGCGUGGCAGCACCUCCAAGUUCAUAAUCACAGCCAUCCAGAAUUGCCUCAUCGGUAGCUCUUCCCUGGAGAUUUGUCAUUGUUGUGUCAGCACCAUCUCUUACCUCCCGCUUCCACACUCUCAUAGCCACAGGCUAUUGCUCUGUGCUGAGGAUCUCUCUCAUGGUUAGAUGCUCUGUGCUGAGCUUAUCUCUCAUGGUCAGAUGCUUUCUCCUCAGGGGAGAGCGCUGUGGUCAGAGCUGGAGGCCUCUCCCCCAUCUCCAGGCCUUCUGCUCCUCUUUCCAGGCACCUCCACACACCUCAUCCUAUGCCUCUGUGUGCUUGCGACACCUGUUCAUGGCAGUGAUUGUGUUUAUCUACCUCUUCGGUGUCUUGUGAAGGAGUUAUUUCCAAGGGUCUGUUGAGCCGAGUGCCAGGGAGGAGUUGAAAGGCCAGUCAGAGCUGCAUGUGUGGCCUGUUCUCCCGUGGGCUGGGCAACCUCAUUUUAGCUCAGCCUUUAAUCUGGGAGGCCACAAGUGCAAUUUUAUUUUAUUCCCUAGGGGGAUACCCAGAACUUUGAUGAGGCCCGAUCACUCUAAAGGAGUAUGUAUAUAAACAUACUUGCAUUAUCAUAUUUGUAAUUUUGUAUGAUGACAAAGAAGAGCAUUAAAAAACCCCACACAGACUGUGUGGCAUCCAUUCUUAGUAACUUGCCAGUCAGUUGCUGAGUCUGUAAGGGGCUUCCCUCUUCCUGGAAGCAUGUGAGGAUGAGUAUGUAGGCACACAGAACCUUUCUUUGAGGAGGACAGACUGGCUGUUCUGUUGUCCCAGCAAGAGUGGUUUGCUCCGUUGGCAUUGACUUAGAUCUAACAAUAAAAAUCAAUGCCCACCACCCAAAGAAAAAAGGCCUAAAAACAGCAUCUUGGUGAUCAGAGACCUGAGUCCUGGCCUGGGGUCACUGUAGAAAACAUUUGAAAGCUAAUUUGGGAAAGCCGCUUUCUUUUCUCUGGAGUUCACUUUUCUUUUGGACCAAUUAACUUGCAAGGUCGGCUUCAAGUGUCAAUAUUCCUUUCAAAGAUAAGGUCUCACAUAGCGAAGUAUGGCCUUGAAUUUGCUAUGCAGCCAGGGAUGACUUGAACUUCUGAUCCUCUUUUCCUCCACCUCUCAGGUGCUACAAUUAUAGGCACGAACUAUCAUGCCUGGUUUACGCAGUGCUGGGAAUAGAACCCAGGACGUCACACAUGCUAGGCAAGGACAUUACCAACCAUAUUCCCAGCUUUAGUAGCAACAUCCUAAGAUGCUGAGAUUAAAUAUGGCUUCAAGCAUGUGGUCAAGAUUCUGUGUGUGUGUAUAAGGGGGCUGGAAUGUUGCCCAGUAGUAGAACAAGCACUUAUGGAAUGCCCCAGGUUUGAUUCCCAGCACUGAAAGUGUGUGUGUGUGUGUGUGUGUGUGUGUGUGUGUGUGUGUGUGUGUGUGUGUGUCUGGGGGCGGGGUUUGGGGGGAGGUGCUGUUGCUAAGUGCUUGUUUUUCAGUUCCGAGACUGAACGCCUUGGCUUUCACGAGAGCGGAUGCUAUUCUUAUUACUUGCCUCAGCGAGUUGCAUUCCUUCUCAGACUCCCUUCCAUCUUUUGUUCCUGGGUGCACCUGAUGCAGCACUUAGUUUUUGUCCAAUUCGUUCUUUUUUGUCCACUCUGCAUACAUUUGCAUCUGCAUACCAGGGAGGGCUGUCAGUAAGGCUGAUCCAGAUGUUGGUUUGGAGAGCAGGCCUUGAGCCGGUGACUGUCCUGUCCUGCCCUUGGGUUACUCUUGGCUUAGGUGGUGGGAGUACAACAGAAGGACCAGGGAAGAUGGUCACAGAUCCACCCUUUAGCUGCUGAGGCAGAGUCCGUGAGAGGAGAGUGGGGUUUUCUUUAGAGAAGAUAGUUUCAAUGAGGAAACAAACGGGAGGAAGAAAAUAUAUUAGAAGGGUGAGAGGUGAGUAGGAGUCUUGUCUGUUUCUGGAAUGAGGCUUGUGGUGCUUGGGCGGCCGUGCUGGUCAGUGCACGAGCACAUCUGUAGCCAUUCUCACUGGAGGCCGAGGAGCAGUCUGUGUGGUGUCCUGAGGGUGAACAUCUGGAGUUGCUCUGGCAUGGAAGAAGCAGCACAGAGCGACUCUGCCUCUUCUCUUCCAGGUGAUUUCUGUCCAGUCUCAGUGUCUGAGGACAAUAGGAACAAACAGAGCAUGCGUGGCAGGUUGCUCCGUUCCAGUCAGUUCUUUCCCUCAGAGAUAUUCUGAAGCUGCCCACAACAUCGGGUUAUUUGUCUUUGUCCAUUUCUGGUUGAAAUCACCUAAGAGCCUUCCUGACACCCUCACCACCUCCUCUGAGUUAUGUAACAGGGAAUUAAAUGUGCUUUCCAAAAGAA